CACCCACUACUUCCAAGCGCCUGCUAUGCAGGCUAUGUUUUCAGUUGCCCUAUUCUAUUACGCUGGGCUUUACAUUUUGCUGACAGGGUCACUGUCCCUUGGGGAUUGAAACAUUAAUUAAUACCCUCUGACAAUCUCUAGGUAGUAUCUAAACGGUUUAACUCAGCUGUAACGUCAUGGCACAAGCCUGUGCAGAAAUGGUGAAGUAACAUUUAUGUGUAGCAAAAGAAUUAUCCCUCACGGAUACCUUCUCGUGAAGGAGUUAGGGGCACCAAUGAAGAGAAAAAAGGAAGAUCUGACAAGAAUUGGGAGGACCACGAGUGAAUUUUCUUUUAAAGUUCCAACAAAACCCCAGCUAUGUAGGCUAAGCUAACAGUGUACUUUAGUGUCUAUACCAUUUUUGUGUAAAUUGUGAACUUUUUAUCUCUUCACAUUUCUUGAUCAUUUGUAGAUUCCUGCGAGGGCGCUGUAAAAAUUUAGAUGGGUCUUGUCCAUUCUCGCACAAGAUUGAUCGAGACAAGGUUGGUGACUUACCCUUUCCACAACAAGUGAUUUGUUGUAGAGUUUGUAACUGUAGCUUGGGCACACAAUAAAAGCCAACAGUCGCUUGGACAGGGGCACGUAUGCUACUGUACCUAUAGUUAACAAAUAAAAAAGCCUUGACUGUGGUCUUUUCUGUUGUAAAGCACGUAGAAAGUGGUUAGAGUACGAAAGAAGUGUAGGGGGAAACAUGAGACGUAAACAUGAGACGUAGUCGAGUGUUUCUCCCUACUUCUUGAGUUUUCUAGCUGCUUCUUGAGUGCUUUGCAACAGAACAGAGCACAGUCAAGGCUUCGUUAUUUGUUUUAUCAUAAAGAAUCCACUAAAUUCUCAAAGCAUUACUUUCUAAUUUUCAAAACGUCACGUGACACCCACAGCCCCGUGUUUUAUACUCUCAAAAAGAACGCUUUUUCAACCAAUCAGAGUGCGCGUUUUGUCUGAACGUUAUUGUAAUAUUGGAUUAUUGGAUUUGCGGCAUCUAUUGUGACUGGCAGAAGUUUCAGACAGUUACUUGAGUUUUGCAUCUUGCACUGCAAGAAACGCAACCGUAAAAAAUUUACCUUUUUUGAUUGGCUGACGAAAUGCCAAAGUUCUGGUCGAAAUAUGCUGGGUCGCGGUGGGUGGCCCCGGUUAAGUUCGUAUUGGCUGAAGUAACUCUUUACAAAUUAAUGUUUUUCUUUUUCCUCAGAUGCCUGUUUGCCAGUUCUUUCUUCGAGGAACAUGUUCCAAUGAUAAUUGCCCUUAUUCUCAUGUGAAUGUCAGCAAGAAGGCUGAAGUCUGUGAAGAUUUUCUGAAAGGAUUUUGCGCUCUUGGUCAACAGGUAAACAUCAAUAUAUGUCGUGUAAGUAAAGGGAAGACUGUAAUGGUAAACGACGCGAUUGACCAUUGAAGUCUAAGUGAAGUGAAGUCUAAUUCAGUCGGUAACAACUACAGUAACACCUUAUUGGCAUGCACCUAUCACGAAAUACAUGCUUAUAUUUAAGCAUGUAUUUUAUGCGUAUCCACAGAUUUUGAUGCCUUGCUUCAUAGUGGCAGGGUUUCAAACCCAGAGUGUCCGUCUGGUUUGUGUUAGUCCCUUUGCAGCUAAUCAGUCACGUGGUACAAAAUCGCUAUGCUGGAGAGCAACAGACCUACUGGGGCACUGAAGACAAACAAAGGACAUAACCAUUUGAUAUGAUGUGAGCUGUUUGUUUCUCUUGUCUCAAUGCUUCCCUUGCUCUACGCCAAGGAGGUUUUGUACCACGUAAAAGUCUAGCUGCAAAGGGCCUACUGUGUUUAGCCGAAUAAGCGCCGCCCUUGAAUAAGCGCCGCAUUUGGGACAAAAAAAGUUAAUAAGGGCCAAGGCUCCAAUAUAAUCGAGUGAAAAAACGUUAAUUCUGUUAGUUUAAUACGGAAAAUAUUAUUAAUACCGUAGUUUAAACGGAUCUUUGUCGCAUCCAACUUUCAAAUAAACGCUGCCCUCGGAUAAGCGCCGCAUUUGAGGCGUGAAAAAUUUUAUAAGUAAACCAGGUCUUCUCUAUGUUCUCGUACACUAGACCAGCCGAUCUGUCGCACGGCGUACUUCUUUAUAAUGGAUAGUUCUUUUUGUUUCUUAGUGUAACAAAAAACAUAUUCUUGAGUGUGAAGAAUUUGCUCGAACUGGCAAGUGUUCAAAGGGAUCAAAGUGUAAAUUGAUGCACAGGAUGAGGAAAUCCGCACUUCGUAAACGAAAAACCUCAACGAAAGAAGAAAAUACCCCGAAGAUAUCCAAACUGGAUUUUACGAACGAUGACGGUUUCUUGCCGCUGACAGCAAGCAUCUCAGGUUUGUUAAAUCACCGCAGGCCAUGAGUUGAAUUGCAUUUGGGUGAGGCGUCCGUUUCAGAUUUCCUUGAGGGACAAGUGACAUUAAUUUUUAGGGCUCUAUGUUGCUUUUCAGCUUUAUUGGGAACUAAGAGGCUCUACUCCAAUAGAUUCAAAAACCAUGCGAAGAGAAGUAACUGCCGGGAGAGGACAGAGCGAACGGGUCACUAGUAGCUAUGCAAGGCGCUCCCAUUCAGUAAAAUAUGAUAUGAAAUUUACUUACAACUGCUAAAAAUUGAAUAAUGUCAUUAAAGUCAGCAUAAUAUUGGCCUAGGAGCAGGCUCCGGAUUUCGCCCAUCUCUCGACUUUGCCGCUCGCGCGAAACCUACACCACUAGUCCCGCUCGAAAGCAACCCUUCACUGCUACUCCCGUGCGAAAUCCUCACUGCCUCGCCCGCGCGAAACCCUCGGUACUCAGCUCGCUCGUAAUCGCUCCCAGGCUAGCAUAGGCAGCGUAGUAAUGAGGCUUCUUUCCUGUCGCUUAAAUUGUUUUGUGUUGUAGAUUCAGGUCUGUCUUCAGCUCAGGAGCCGUUGGAUAAUACAACAACAGAUGAAACAAAACAGAUGGAGGGUGAGGAUUACCACAUACAGUCUGUACUGAGGCCUUUAACUGACUUUGUUAUCGGUGGAAGGACCGAAUAUGCAUGUCAUUAUUUCACACAGACCUCAGAGGCGGGUCGCUUCAAUCGCUUAUUUCAUAAGCGGUAUAAUUCUAGGGCACCUGUUCCAUGGUUUUAUAAUCUCAUUUCAUCAGUUACUUGACUAACACCGAUUGAGUUUAUCCAAUCUGCAGAUAAUCAGCGUUAACUACAAUUGUUUUCAAAGAAUUUCGAAAAUGAAUUCGUUUAAAUUUACGGGUUAUUGAUAAUUAAGGAAGUGCUUAUUUGAUAGGGUGCUUAAUAAAUGUACACACUUCAAAAGGUGGAGGUCCUAUUCGCGAGAUUACGGUAUGCAACGUCUCUUCGUGUCUCGUACCGGCGUGACAAAAUUGGAGAUGACUACCAGGAAAAACUUCUUAAUUUAACAAUUAAUUAAAAUUCAUACUUGACUAGGAGGUUUAGGAGAAAAAAGCAAAAAAACUAUAUUAAUCACUGCUGAGCCUUUUUUUUUUGUUCGCCCAAGCCUCGUAGCCAAGUAUGAAUUUUAAUCAGGAGCCGUAAUCAGCCAUACGCCACUUCCACAUUUCCCAUAAUGCACCUUAUUUGCGCCCCCAAACUUUGCAUAACCUAUACGCCACUUGCACAUCUUCCAUAAUGCACCUUAUUUACCCCCCAAAAUUUUGCAUAAGAAUUGUUUUCAAUUUCUCUUGGGACGACCGCAAUACCCAGGAGAAAUGAAAAACAGAGGUUAUGCAAAAUUUGGGGGGGGCAAAUAAGGUGCAUUAUGGUUGACGUGCAAGUGGCGUAUACCCUGAUUAUAGCCUAUUUCCAUCUUGUAGAACGUUUUAGAAAAAAAGUGGCCAGACACGAACGUUGGUGGCAUGGUGUAAAACUUGUUCUUUCUACUUGAUUAGCGAGACAAUUACUUUUGUAAAUGAAAAUCCUCGACCUCACCCUUCAUAGUCAUAUAGUAUUAUUUUGUUCUCAUUAGAGCCGUUGGUGAUACGCCCGAGAUUCUUGAGGACUAAGGAAUCAGAGAAGUGAUGGCAUACAGCUUCAGCUGUGGAUUGAAUAGGUAGGCUUGGUUUCAGGAGGGUCUUCAUUGUGCCUCCCUGUCUCUGGGCCUGUAAAGUGGAGAAUUUGCCACCAAGAGGUGUUUUUUUUUCGUUUCGUUUUUGCUUUCUUUCUUUCUUUCUUUCUUUUUCAUUCUUCUUCUUUUUUUAUUGUGAUGUACCAUUGUUUAGGACUGCAGAGUUAUCAUGAGUUGUGGAGAGCUUGUAAAGCAACCGAAUAGUUAAUGCACGUGCGUUGCUCUCACGUUAAAUCGUGAACUCUUUGUCACGAAAACACUACCGUAACGCUGCGUAACGAGGUAUAAUUUUAUUAUUUUAUGUUAGUGGUAUCGUUUUUUUUUCUACACUAUGUACAGCACAAAUUAUCUGCAGCUGAACUGUAAAAAAUAUUGUUGCAGAAAUUUAAUAAAGUUACAAUUAAAGCAAG